UGGGAGAGGAAGUGAUUGGAGCAGGUGAGAGAGGCAGAGGAGGGCGAGAGAGGGAGGGAAUGAGGCAUGGAUUUGUGCACUUAAACGCGGACAGACGCACACAUUACAGCGUGGGAGCAGAACGCACUUGGAGCCGCACGCUGCGUCCUUUCCCUUCCUCACAGCACUGUGCGCUCUGGCCAAGCCGCACUGUUUGGAGACACUGCGGAAAGUUGUUCUUUCUCCGUCUCUGGAACGUACAGUUUGGAGCUGAAUCUAUUUUUUCAUGAACUGGAUUGUUUGGUUUUGCUUGUAAAGACCUUCAACAAUUCCUCAGUCGGAGUGAACAGGUUUUUACUUUUUUCUGCCACAAUGGAAGAUAAAUUAACGAGUCGUUGGUGGCGAGGAUCACCGUAUGGAUCUUUCUUCAGGUAAAAGGCGCAAUGACUUGAGCGUGAGCGGCUGGAUUGAAUGCCCACAUCAGGAUUGUAAUACUUUUUUCGUUCAUUUCCAUUCAGAUCAGCUCAAAUCUGGAACCUUUGUCUAGAUUUUCUACCCUGGAAAGCAGCUGAUAGCUCGGCCGAUUCUAAUUAGCCGUAAAUUGACAAAACUGCGACAUUUUCCCAGCGGCACUUUGGGUUUUAUUCACAAAUUACCACCGCAACAGUCACGCACUGCAAAGGUUUGAGGAAGUGUCCUUUUCCUCACACUGUUUUGAUUUAUACUUUCAACAGAAGCUGCUUGGAGCGCAUUCACACGCUUGUGGAUGCACCCCCCCCCCCCUCCCCCUCACACACACAAAUAUACGCACCAAACACGCUCACUUUUUACACUUUGCUCACAUUCAUUAAGCACUUUCCAAGAGACCCGGAUUAAAACAAGACGAGCUUUGCCUUCAGUGCAGCGGAAAAAGAAACAAACCAGCUUGGCAGAACUGGGAUUAUUCACUUGACAUCUCCUGCUGAGAGUGGAUUACUUCUGACGUGCUGCUCUCCCUGAUCAGUGGCAGUAUGAACCUGGGACUCUCCUAUGUUAGUCAGCCUGUUAGCUGGCUGUUUGGCAGCUUGCUGGACUCCAGAAACUGUGUGUAUGUCCUCACACUCGUCGCACUCCUCAUGCAGGUGGUGGCGGAGGCCAACUCCUGGUGGUCUCUAGCCAUGAACCCAAUUCUGAUCCCCGAGGCCUACAUUAUCGGUGCCCAGCCUCUCUGCAGCACGCUGCCGGGCCUUUCUCCUGGCCAAAAGAAGUUGUGUCAGCUCUACCAGGACCACAUGCAGUUCAUCGGCGAAGGUGCCAAGAUGGGGAUCAGAGAGUGCCAGUAUCAGUUCAGACAUCGACGCUGGAACUGCAGCACUGUGGACAAUUCUUCUGUCUUUGGUCGUGUCAUACAAAUAGGCAGUCGAGAAACGGCGUUCACCUACGCCAUCAGUGCAGCAGGGGUGGUGAACGCGGUGAGUCGCGCCUGCAAAGAAGGCGAGCUCUCUACCUGUGGAUGCAGCCGUGCCCGGCGCCCCGCAGAACUUCCCAGAGAUUGGCUGUGGGGAGGCUGUGGAGAUAACCUGGAAUAUGGCUACAGGUUCUCCAGGGAGUUUGUGGAUGCACGAGAGAGGGAGCAGACCGUUUUGAAAGGCUCACACGAGCACUUGCUGCAGCAGAUGAAUAUUCACAACAAUGAAGCAGGAAGGAGGAUUGUGUCUGACCUUGCCGAUGUGCAAUGCAAGUGCCACGGCGUGUCCGGCUCUUGCAGCAUGAAGACCUGCUGGCUGCAGCUGGCUGACUUUCGCAAGGUGGGUGAUGCGCUGAAGGAGAAGUAUGACAGCGCUGCAGCCAUGAAGCUCAACACUCGUGGGAAACUGGUGCAGAUGCACAGCAAGUUCAACCCUCCCACGAGUCACGAUUUGGUGUACGUUGAACCCAGUCCAGACUACUGCUUGAAAAACCAAAGCACAGGCUCCUUGGGCACGGUGGGGCGUCUUUGCAACAAGACAUCGGAGGGCAUGGAUGGGUGUGAGCUGAUGUGCUGUGGCAGAGGUUAUGACCAGUACAAGGCCCAGAUAGUGGAACGCUGCCACUGCAAGUUCCACUGGUGCUGCUACGUCAAGUGCAAGCGCUGCACCAAAAUCGUAGAUCAAUUUGUCUGCAAGUGAGAAGACCAGCUUUGUGGAUGAUAGAUGUACAUCUGUGUGAAUUCAUGGGCAGUGGAAAAAAGAGAAUGGAAGAAACUAUAUAAAUUAUAUUUAUAGAGUUAAACAAUUAUGUCUUUGCAAAAAAUGUCUUAAAAAUACUUUAAAAAAACAAAUACGUUUUAGAAACUGAGUAUUGUGAAAUAUUUAUUUUUGAGAUUGGUAUGUUUUUAUUCUGGCCCAAUCAUUAGCUUAUUAUUAUUUUAUAAAUCCUACAAUUGCCCUAAACUGUCUAAAACGUCAUCCCCACUUCAUCCUUUUCUUAAAAUGAUUGAAAACGUUCAUUUUUUUUAUUUUAAAGAUCUCAUGCUGAUGAAUGCUGACUGCAACAUUGAAUGGUGCCUCCAUGGUUUAACAAGAUUUGUAUGUUUCUUGGUUCCCUCUGAGGCCUUUAUAUGUUGUUUGGGAGGUGAAUGCAUGUGUGUUAUGCUGAGAAUGUGCUCCAGACCAUCUCUACAUCUCCUUCACUACAUGUCCUGUAAAGGAAACUUUGGUUUGUGUGAAUCCUUCAGUGAGAUGGCUUUUUUAUGUGGAUUGGGCCAUUUUAAUAAGCAGUCCCAUAAGACUUAGUGUUCCCCUGGUGCUGCAACAAGCCCUCCAUUCUGCACUUUGAUACACAGAUUUUAGUCCAUCUCUGUUAUCCAUUUAUACAUAGUCAUUUUUCCCCGUAUUAAUUUACAUUAUCCAUAUAACAAUAUUUUACAGUACGUAUCUUGGUUCAAAUAUAUGGGCAACGUUGUGAUGAUGGUGAAAUAUCAGAUGCUCUGUGUAUAUAUUAUAGCAUAGUCUAUCCAGCCAAUCAAUAAACUGUAUUUAUUUUUUUACAAAAAUUUUCAAGCUUAAAGAAAGUGUUUUUUGUAACAGAUUUGGUUUGUUCUUCAGUUUUCAUGGUCACUUUUCAUUAUUUCAGAUUCUCACUGUUGUGAAUUUUCACUGUGUUUUGGUAAAAGGGAAAUGCACCUUAAUGUUCUGAAACAAAAUCUUUCAUUUUUACUGCUAACACAAAUGUUAUCAAUGUUUUCUGCCACCACUUGGUUCACCUUACCCACUAUCGCUGUGAUGAGUCUUAAGACGGUUUCCACCAGUUCAACUGUAUAUUUAUAAGCUUCUCUAUGAAUAUGAGAAUUGUGUUAUAGCUGAGAUUUUGUUACCUUUCAUAAAUUAGCUCAGUGCUCUUUCUUUCAAUAAAUAUUAAAUGAAAACUUACCAGA